AUGCGUGUUUUAUCUCUUGCCCUGGCCCUUUUUGCGGCUGAUAUGGUCGUUGAAGCUGGAGUUUGCAAGCCCGCUCGUACAACUACAGCCGCAACUUCAAUUGCUGAAUCGACUACCGCCACCUCUGAGACUUCUGUCGUUGAGUCGUUGACCUCUGCAACUGAGACUUUGAGCACCGACUUGAGUGAGACCUUGACGGCUUCUACCACUGAGGCUGAAACUACUUCGACUGAAGCUGUUCCCACUACCACGACCGAGGUUACAGUCACUACUGAGGCUUCUACCACCGAGACCGCUACCACCACUGAGGCCGCUUCGACCUCCACCGAGGAAGCUUCCACUACAACCACCGCCGGCCCAUCUUACACACCCGGCUCCAUUGUCGGCACUGGACCCGCCGCUGGCCUCACCCUCCACGGCACCGACACUCGAUUCGUCGCCCUAUCCUUCACACCAUCAGACUCAACCCAGACCCUGAUCUUCACCCUCGCAGCCAACGGCCAGCUCGCCACAGGCACCAACAACAACUACCUAUGCUUGAACUACAAGCCUUCGGGCGUGCUUGGGCCGCUUGUCCUGUGCCCCUUUGAUAACUUCCAGAACGCUCCCUUGAAAUGCACAAGGGCGGCCAGCGGCACCCUUUCUUGCACUGCGCCGAAUGGAUCAUGCCAGUCGAAUGGAAAUUGCGCGCGACCUAACAAUGCGAUCUCGUUCUCUCAGUUCUACGUAGAUGGUUCUCAGAACGGCUAUUUUGGUGAUGCUAGUGGGGACUUUGGAUCGGGCUAUACUGCCAUUGAUGUGAUCCUGGCAGAGUAA